GACAGAUCAAAUCAAAUCAAAUUAAAUUAAAUUCAAUCAAUAAACACUUUUAUUCUCCUCUCUUUCUCACUACUAUUCCUUAUAUAUAUAAUUCUUUUUAGAAGAAGGUGGAUUCUAGCACUCAAUCAACAAAUUUAAUCAAGGCCUAAUUCGGAUUGUCACAGAAAGUAUAUGAGGAGCUUAUGAGACUUCUGGGCUCCUGAAUUGUAGUAAGGCCAAGAUUUUGAGGAGUAGGGGAGUUUCUGAUCAAGUUUCAGGAAAACAUUCGAGGUAGUGAUAAAGAAUGAUAAAAUUAAAAGAAAUCAAAUUGUUUAAUAGCGAAAAAAGAUGGGCAUUUCCUCUUGCUAUAACCUCGAUUGUAUGUUUAUUCCUUUUGGCAACUUGUUUCAAUAUGGGCCUCCUUCCUCCUUUGUACAAAAUAAAUUCAUUUUUCCCAUUAUUCAACACUCAUGUUUCCUCAAAUCAAACAAUUCCACAUUUUGCUGAAGAGAAGCUUAAAUCUCCAAAUUUGCAAUCUCGUCGCUCCCUCCCUCGUUUUGCCUAUUUGAUUUCCGGGUCAAAAGGGGAUUUAAAUAAACUUUGGAGGACACUUAGAGCGUUAUAUCAUCCUUGGAAUUAUUAUGUGCUUCAUCUUGAUCUUGAAUCGGAACCCGAUGAGCGAAUGGAGCUUGCAGCACGAGUCGAAAAGGAUCCAAUGUUUUCUCAAGUGGGGAACGUUUAUAUAAUCAGGAAAGCGAAUAUGGUAACUUAUAGAGGGCCCACAAUGGUGUCGAAUACACUUCAUGCAUGUGCCAUUCUUCUAAAGAGGAAUAAAGAUUGGGAUUGGUUUAUAAACCUAAGUGCUUCUGAUUAUCCUCUAGUGACUCAAGAUGAUCUUCUAUCUACGUUUCGUAAUCUGAAUCGAGAUUGGAAUUUUGUUGAGCAUACAAGUCAACUAGGCUGGAAGGAGGAUCAGAGAGCAAUGCCAUUGAUGAUUGACCCUGGACUAUAUGAGAAUAAGAAGUCUGACAUCUUUUGGGUACAACCCAACAGGCCUUUGCCAACAGCAUUUAAAUUAUUUACUGGAUCAGCUUGGAUGGUUCUAUCACGCUCAUUCGUAGAGUAUUGCAUAUGGGGCUGGGAUAAUCUUCCAAGAACUCUACUCAUGUAUUAUACAAAUUUUGUUUCCUCACCCGAAGGUUAUUUUCAAACCGUUAUAUGCAACGUUCCAGAAUUCGUUCCUACUGUAGUUAACCAUGAUAUGCACUUUAUUUCAUGGGACAACCCUCCAAAACAGCAUCCCCAUGUCCUCAAUAUAAAUGACACUGCGAAAAUGAUUAAAAGUGGGGCUGCAUUUGCUCGUAAAUUUAACCAGGAUACUUCUGUUUUGGAUAGAAUUGACAAAGAAUUACUACAUCGACCCAAUGGGAGCUUCACCCCAGGUGGAUGGUGCAAAGCUAGCACGUCUUGUACUAAGGUCGGGAAACCUACACGGGUUAAACCUGGCCCGGGAGCUAAAAGGCUUCGAAAACUUAUAAACAAGUUAAUUAAAUCAGCUAAAGAUGGAAAUCAGUGUCGAUAGGUUAUAUUCUUUAUUUUUGAGAUAGUUAAUGUGGAACAAACUCGAUGUAGUUUUGAUGAUAUGUUAUAGCAUUUUUGCUUGUGGAGUACUUCAAUAUAUAUAUAUAUAUACAUAUUCGAUCUGCAA